UACCCUUUGUUUAAUUUUUUUCAAAUAUGAAACUAUUAAUAAAAAAGAUUAAAUAAAUAAUCAAAGGUGGUAGUUUGUUGGCCAAAAUGGAUACAUAAGGCAUUGGAAGAGGUUGAAUCACAUGCCACUAUACAUUGUCAUAUUACCAUAUUGAUCAUUAAUUACUUCUUCUUUUCUCCACUAUAUAAAGAUUGAAACAAAGCUUAUAUUUUUCAUAACCAAAUUUCAAAGCACUCUUCAAAACAACAAAGAAAAAAGAAGUAAAAGAUGGCAAAUCAACCUUUAAGGUCCAUAAGUUUACCAUCUAGGGAACACCCUUGUUGUGUGAGAAUAGAAGCCUUAUUAAACCACCUCAAAUCAUACCAAUCUUCACCAUUUAAUGCAUUUGAAACCAUUCAAGCUAGCUUGGUUGGUUUAGCAGAGUUGUAUAGUUGUGUCGAGGAACUAAUCGCCUCGCCGAGCACCCAACAAGCUCUCUUGGCCCCAGCAAAACAUGGCAAAGUGGUUGAACAAGCCUUGGAAAGUUCAAUCACAUUGCUUGACACAACCAACAUAGCAAGAGACUUAAUGGUAACAAUGAAGGAACAAGUUCAGAGUCUUCAAUCAGCUUUUCGCCGAAAAGGGAGAGAUUCAAGCAUUGAAACAAGUAUUCAAACUUAUCUUUGUUUUAGAAAGAAGGCAAAGAAAGACAUUGCCAAAUGUCUUGGAGGGUUAAAGAGAAUGGAAACUAAAUCCAUUGCUUCACAACAACAAGGCUUAGAAGAUCUAUCUAUAGUUGAAAAAACACUAAGAGAAACAACCUCAAUCACCAUCUCCAUUUUGAAGACUCUUCUCAAGUUUAUUUUGGCUAUUCCAACAACAACAAAUGGAUGGUCAUUGCUUUCAAAAGUGGUAAAGAUGAAAUCUUUGUCAUAUAAUGAUCAAAAAGAAGAGAAGAAGAACAAGAAGAUUGUGAAUUUGGUGGAAAGUGUUGACCUUUUUCUUCAUUCUCUAAUGAAGAACAUACAAAGUAAUGAAGUGGAAAUGAGUCAAAGGAUGUUGUUGGAUCUUGAUUCUAGUAGUGAAGCCAUUGUGGUUGGAUUGAAUACUAUGUUUAGAUGUUUGGUCCAAAAUAGAGUGUCUUUACUUAACAUCAUUACUAAGUAAAAAAAUGUAUAUAACUUUAUAUUAGUUGUAUAUAUAUAUCUCUAGAUUAGAUGUUGGU